AUGAGGAGUCGCGGUGGUGGCCUCACCCGAGGUCGCCGGUUGCCAAACAUCUUGGUGGUGUUAGCCUUGUUGGCUAUUUCUAAUGUAGUUUCUGGAGAUAUUAGUUAUUUGUAUUCUUCACCUCCGCCUCCUGUGUAUCAAUACAAAUCUCCUCCGCCACCUUCUCCGUCUCCACCACCUCCCUAUGAGUAUAAGUCUCCACCACCGCCCGUGCAUCCGCCUCCCCCACCAUAUGCAUACAAGUCUCCUCCACCGCCAUCACAAUCACCUCCACCACCAUAUGCUUACAAGUCUCCUCCCCCGCCAUCACAAUCACCUCCACCACCAUAUGCUUACAAGUCCCCCCCACCACCUUCACCUUCACCUCCACCUCCAUACUAUUACAAAUCUCCACCGCCACCCUCACCCUCCCCUCCUCCACCUUACUACUACAAAUCUCCACCGCCACCCUCACCGUCUCCUCCUCCACCUUACUACUACAAAUCUCCACCACCACCGUCGCCAUCUCCUCCUCCCUCAUACUAUUACAAAUCUCCUCCUCCACCCUCACCUUCACCGCCACCCCCCUACUACUACACCUCUCCACCUCCACCCAAGAAAUCACCACCCCCUCCUUAUUACUACACCUCUCCCCCACCACCAGUUAAAUUACCACCCCCUUCAUACCAUUACUCAUCACCACCCCCACCUGUAAAGUCUCCUCCUCCACCAUACUACUACUCUUCUCCACCACCACCAGUUAAAUCACCCCCUCCUCUAUACUACUACUCUUCUCCGCCACCACCAGUUAAAUCACCCCCUCCUCCAUACUACUACUCUUCUCCGCCACCACCUAAAAAGUCUCCUGCCCCUCUUCCAUACAAUUACAAAUCUCCCCCACCACCAACUUACUACUACAAAUCACCACCCCCUCCUUCACCAUUGCCUACACCAACCUAUUCUUAUAAGUCACCUCCACCACCAUCCACGUAUUACUACAAGUCUCCUCCACCCCCAUCUCCAUCACCACCACCACCAUAUUAUUACAAAUCUCCUCCUCCACCAUCGCCAUCUCCUCCUCCACCUUAUUAUUAUAGAUCCCCACCUCCUCCGUCACCGUCUCCUCCGCCACCAUACUAUUACAAGUCUCCACCUCCUCCAUCACCGUCACCCCCGCCACCCUACUAUUAUAAGUCUCCACCACCACCAUCUCCAUCACCACCGCCACCUUACCACUACAAAUCUCCUCCUCCACCCUCACCAUCUCCUCCCCCACCCUACUAUUACAAGUCUCCACCUCCUCCAUUGCCAUCACCACCACCACCAUACUAUUAUAAGUCUCCACCACCCCCAUCUCCAUCGCCACCACCACCCUACUACUACAAAUCUCCUCCUCCACCCUCACCAUCUCCUCCCCCACCCUACUAUUACAAAUCUCCUCCUCCACCCUCACCAUCUCCUCCCCCACCCUCACCAUCUCCUCCCCCAGCCUACUAUUACAAGUCUCCGCCUCCUCCAUCACCAUCACCCCCACAACCAUACUAUUAUAAAUCUCCACCACCACCGUCUCCAUCACCACCACCACCCUAUUAUUACAAAUCUCCUCCUCCACCAUCAUCGUCUCUCCCUCCACCCUAUUAUUACAAGUCACCACCUCCUCCAUCACCAUCACCCCCACCACCAUACUACUACAAGUCUCCACCACCACCAUCGCCAUCUCCUCCACCCCCAUACUACUAUCAAUCCCCUCCCCCACCAUCUCCUUCUCCCCCUCCACCGUAUUACUACCAUUCACCUCCCCCACCAUCCCCAUCUCCCCCACAACGAACAUACAUUUACUCUUCUCCACCCCCACCAACCAAUUACUUGUAUUCUUUACACCAGCCUCCAGUGUAUCAACACAAAUCUACUCCGCCACCAUCUCAGUCCCCACUACCUCCCAAUGAGUACAAGUCGCUUUCGCCGCCAUCACCAUCGCCUCCACCACCAUAUGCUUACAAGUGUGCCCCACCACCUUCACCUUCACCUCCACCUCCAUACUAUAACGUAUCUCCACCGCCACCCUCACCUUCCCUUCCUCCACCUUACUAUUACAAAUCUCCUCCACCACCUUUACUAUCUCCUCCACCACCACCACCUUAUUACUAUAAAUCUCCACCACCACCUUCACCAUCUCCUCCACCACCUUCACCAUCCCCUCCACCUUAUUACUACAAAUCUCCCCCUCCGCCUUCACCAUCUCCUCAUCCACCUUACGACUAUAUAUCUCCUCCACCACCUUCACCAUCUCCUCCUCCACCUUAUUACUACAAAUCUCAUCCCCCGCCUUCACCAUCUCCUCCUCAACCUUAUGAAUAUACAUCUCCUCCUCCACCUUAUUACUAUAAAUCUCCUCCCCCGCCUUCACCAUCUACUCCACCUUAUGAAUAUACAUCUCCUCCUCCACCUUAUUACUACAAAUCUCCCCCUCCGCCUUCACCAUCUCCUCCUCCACCUUACGACUAUAUAUCUCCUCCACCACCUUCACCAUCUCCUCCUCCACCUUAUUACUACAAAUCUCCUCCCCCGCCUUCACCAUCUCCUCCUCAACCUUAUGAAUAUACAUCUCCUCCUCCACCUUAUUACUAUAAAUCUCCUCCCCCGCCUUCACCAUCUACUCCUUAUUACUAUAAAUCUCCUCCCCCGCCUUCACCAUCUACUCCACCUUAUGAAUAUACAUCUCCUCCGCCUUCACCAUCUACUCCACCUUAUGAAUAUACAUCUCCUCCUCCACCUUAUUACUACAAAUCUCCCCCUCCGCCUUCACCAUCUCCUCCUCCACCUUACGACUAUAUAUCUCCUCCACCACCUUCACCAUCUCCUCCUCCACCUUAUUACUACAAAUCUCCUCCCCCGCCUUCACCAUCUCCUCCUCAACCUUAUGAAUAUACAUCUCCUCCUCCACCUUAUUACUAUAAAUCUCCUCCCCCGCCUUCACCAUCUACUCCUUAUUACUAUAAAUCUCCUCCCCCGCCUUCACCAUCUACUCCACCUUAUGAAUAUACAUCUCCUCCGCCUUCACCAUCUACUCCACCUUAUGAAUAUACAUCUCCUCCACCUUCAUCAUCUCUUCAUCCACCUUAUUACUACAAAUCUCCCCCUCCGCCUUCACCAUCUCCUCCACCACCUUCACCAUCUCCUCCUCCACCUUAUUACUACAAAUCUCCUCUGCCUUCACCAUUUCCUCCUCCACCUUACGACUAUAUACCUGCUCCACCACCUUCAUCAUCUCCUCCUCCGCCUUCACCAUCUCCUCCUCCACCUUAUGACUAUAUAUCUCCUCCACCACCUUCACCAUCUCCUCCUCCACCUUAUCAUUACAAAUCUCCUCCUCCACCCUACUAUUACGAGUCACCACCUCCUCCAUCACCAUCACCCCCACCACCAUACUAUUAUAAAUCCCUACCACCCUCAUCUCCAUCACAACCACCACCCUAUUAUUACAGAUCUCCUCUUCCACCAUCACCGUCGCCCCUUGCACCCUAUUAUUAG